UCGCUGCCCCAGGGAUUUCUGGCUCUUUUCUUUGGCCUUAAAUUCGGGUGUCUUUUAUGAAUAAUCAAAAGCAGCAAAAGCCAACGCUAUCAGGCCAGGGUUUUAAAACUAGAAAAAGGGCCCUGGGUGGCGCCCUGGCCUACGACUCAAUGCGGACAGACGUCUGCGUAUUCGCAACACAGGAGGACCUGGAGACCAUGCAGGCGUUAGCGCAAGUUUUUAACAAGUUAAUCAGGUGCUACAAAUACCUGGAGAAAGGCUUUGAAGAUGUGGUGAAAAAGCUGCUGCUGUUCUUAAAGGGUUUCUCCGAGUCAGAGCGGAACAAGUUGGCCAUGUUGACGGGCGUGCUGCUGGCUAAAGGGACACUCAAGGCGCCUAUCCUCAUCGGCCUCUACAGCGAGAAUCUGGUGAAAGGAGGGGUUUCAGCAGCGUUUGCUGUGGAGCUCUUCAAAUCAUGGAUCAAGGAGAAAGGCAUCAACGCGAUGGCUGCAAGCCUUCGGAAAGUCAGCGUGGACAGCAGGCUGAUAGAACUUUUUCCUGCCAAUAAGCAGAGCAUGGAGCACUUCAUGAAGUACUUCACCGAGGCGGGUUUGAGGGAGCUGUCGGAGUAUGUCCGGAACCAGCAGACCAUCGGCACCCGGAAGGAGCUGCAGGAGCUUCAGGAGCAGAUGUCCCGCGGCGACCCGUUCAAGGACAUAAUUUUAAUCUUGCUUAUCUUUAAGGUUCCCCUUCCAGUUGAAACUGGUUGA